AAUAAUGGAGAAAUACGAGGAAGUAAAUGAGCUGGAGAUGGUCAAUUUCGCUGCCUAUCCAGAAUUUAUCCAAGCUUGAUCUUCUCAUGGAGCAACCAAGCAUUCUAUAUCUUCUGAGCUUACAGAUGUUUUUCCAGGACUAUCUAAGAUUAUUUUCAGCAUACUGAAUGGAGAAUCUGAGGUCGAGAUCAUGGAUAAAGACUAUGAAGAAAAGGAUACAGUCUUUGCUACUUUGCUUUAUUUAUUUUCAUCCAGAGAUGUCUGAAAUGAGAUUCUCAAACACCUAGGGUCAUUUAAUUACAAGUCAUUGCAGCUUUGUUACAGUGUCUUAUACAAAGGUUUUAUGACUACGAAUUAUCUUCUUCCUCCAGGCAAAUUAUUUUAUACAAGUAUCCAAAAUGCAUACUUCAAUAAAGAUCUCUAUGUUGAAGGCAGAACUCUUUGGUGGCCUAAAUUGAUCAGAGGAUCUACAAAUCCAGGAAUUGCUUUGGCCUUCGCAGGAGUAAAUGGUGUCCUUGUAGCUGUAGAGCUAGACUCUGGCCUUCCUCACUAUCAUAUCAGAAACGCUAAGGUUGUCAAUAAAAACAUAGUUCAUCCCUCUGGUGUCUACCUCUUCCCAUGGUUCUGCUUCAAAAUCUGAAAAGUUAUCGAAGGAGAUGGUAUCACUCUUAUCAAGGUAGUCCAAACCCCUUGGCCUAAAGUAGCAGAGGAAUCUAUUACUGCUGUGGGGGAGAAAAUGGAAAAUUAUCACAAAAAUGUAACCCAGAGAUUGUAUAAGAACUGAAAUUUAGACGUCAAGGAUGUGUACACCUCAAAUAUGCUAAAAUCCUCAGAGACCCUUGCUAAAAUCUAUGGAUCAGAUACUUCUGAGGACUUGUUAGAGCUUGACCAUGUGACUAAAAUACCUCUGUCAGGGUGGGAAUGAUAAAUUCAACCAAAA